AUGCACCGACUCCGCAAGCCGCCGUCGCAUUCAGUGGGCUUUUUUAGUUUUAGUACACUUACAUAUUUACAGUCAACUGUAUUUCAGCUUAUUGUGUCCAGAUUCUGUGGAACAAUGGACAAGGAGCCCCAAACUAAAGCAGAACCUGCAAAGAGCACAGUUAACACCACGACCACCACAGCGGUGAACCCUUCCCAUCAGGCCAAUGGCGCACCAAAAACUCCUCCUGCGCUCACAACUGUAACCACCUUCCACAAUCAACCCACCCCCACCAACAGAAAAGUAGUGCAGGUCAAUCUGUCUGGGGACCGACUGGCACCUUCUUUUUCACCAAGUGAGAGAGUCAGCCAAGCUUCAUCGUCGCAGCAAAGCCCUAAAACGGUUUUUCUUCCCAACACUCCUGGAUCAACACCUCUUGUAAGAGGAAGUCAGAAUCCAAGCACUGCUCGUAAAAUCUCCCCUCAAGCGCUGCUUCUGGGGAAGAGCCCGAGUACAAGUCAGGCUCAGAUGCUUCUGAGGGCCCAGAUGUUGAUUCUAACGUCUGCUGUGCGGCCUGAUGUACCUGCCCUCUCCUCCUCCUCCUCUUCCUCCACCCCUUCCUCUUCCUCACCUAGAUUUCCCUCCACACAGCUCCAGAGUCUGACUCUCCGUCCACCUCCACCUGGCACCCUUACCAUCCCUCCAAAUUUACCACUAAAGCCCACAACAUCAAGCCAACCCCCUUCUCUUUCAUGCUCAAGAUUACCAACCUUCCAUCUGAGACCCAGCCAGCCAGUGAAUGCUCCAGGGAAGGAUGGAGCUACUAAGACAGAAAGCCCAGCAUCUCAAACAGCUCAAACAAAAGCACCCGUUCGCCAUCUUACGGUUCCACCUCCAUCCCUGUAUGCACCUGCACAGGCCCAUGCCUUAGCGAAGCAGAAGCUGAACAGCAGUGUUCUCAAGAGGCCCCACAGCCAGAUCAGCAUCCCCCAGCUAACUCAUCCCUUCCACAGCCGCCACACGCCCCCAAACUCUCCCCCCGCCACACCAAAGAAGCCUCUUCCAGAGUUAAAGCGCUGCCCGUCCACCCAGUCAUCCCAAAGCGUGUCGGCGCAGAGCGCUUCAGUGCCCAUCACCGUUCCUUCCCCCGCGAGGUCUCACCUCACACCCCAUACCCUGACUUUGCCCUUGAGGUCUUCCUCACCCGGUGGGUCCUUACUGGCUACAAAACAGCUGCUGAGGAUCGCGUUGUCUUCUGCAUCUGCCCAGUGCACCAACGGCCAAUCAAAGACAGCUACUGUGUCCCCGCCCCACGAUCUCAUCCAAUCCAAGCCUCUCAUCUCGCCUGUGCUCGCUAAACCAGAGUGUCCCGCCCAGCCGUUACGGACUCCAAACCCAUGCCCACAGCUGGUGCAGCUGUCGCCCUCCAGACAAACCACAGCGGCCACACCUCUCAUCACCACCCCACCGCUGGCGUCUCCUCAAAGGGCAUCCCCUCCGUCUCCAGUGCUGCCCCUGGUGUCCACCAGCAGCAUUCUCGCACCGCUGCAGUCUCUUUUGACCUCACAGAGUCCAACACAGACAUCCGAGACAUCGAAAGAGCCGAAGGAUAGAAAGCAAGAGCAGAAGGAGGGAGAUGUACCAGAACAGACUCCUCAAGAUCUGAAAUGUCCAGCACCCCAAGAGAAAAUCACCCAGCCUGUCACCGUAGAUCAGCCAUCAAGCGAAACUACGGAGAAGGUCUUGGACAAGAUGACAGUCUGCACAGAGGAUUCGAGGACUGACAGCCAGAUCAAGACGUCACAGAAGAAUGAGACACUCUCGACCUCAGUCGCACCAUGGCCAGCUGAGAAAGAUGACCAGUGUGAGGAAAUGUCCACCCAGUCAGACAAUCACUCAGCAAUUUCCAGCCUGUCCUCUGACAUGUCACCCAUCCAGUCCUCCAUCACUCAGCCAUUAGAUAUGUCCCCUGUGGACAGCUGCUUUCCUCCAAAAUUUCACCCUGUGUUAGAGAGGCCACCAGUUCAGCCUCCCACCGUCAGUCAGAUGAAGGCCACAGAGGCUCAGCAACCAUCAGAAGCGGCCAAACCUUUGGUUCUAACACACCUGGUGGAAGGAUUUAUCAUACAGGAAGGACUGGAGCCAUUCCCGGUAAACAAAAUGUCUGUCAACCACUGA